CCCAGACGUCGCCACACUGAUCACAGUGCAUCCUUCAAAUCCACCGUGCAGCGGAAAUGGACCAGUCGAUUUAAACGGAUUGUUGAAAAUGAGGCGGUUCAGCUGGACGGAGAGAUCCUGCAUGCGCUGUGAAGCGAGUGUGUUCUGUGGCGUAUCGGCACCUGGACAAGCACAAGAUCGAGCCGGUGCUCUACAUGAUGGAGUGGUUCAUGUGCGCCUUCUCCAGAACUCUGCCCUGGCCUCGGUCCUCAGAGUGUGGGACAUGUUCCUGUGUGACGGAGUGAAAAUGAUAUUCUGUGUGGGUUUGGUGGUGUUGACGUCCAUGCUGGGUACUCGGGAUAAGCUCAAGGCCUGUCCGGGUCAGUAUGAGACCAUGGAGGUCCUCAGAGCGAUUGAGCCUAGAUACAUGCAGGAGGGCUUCUUCGUGCUCCAGGUUCUGGAGUUGCAGGUAUCGGCACAGGACGUGGAACGUGAGCAACGCACGCAGCUGAAGCGCUGGAAGAAGAAGCACGGCAAGCCCGGCCCCAAACUCCCUCAGAGAAUGCACAGUGCUCGCACCAUCAUGGCCACCGAGCCUCAUACACACCAAGACCUCCGCCAGAAACCCACCAUUAUGGUCCAGUACCCAUCAGUCCUGAGGAGAAGUCCGAGCCGAACCUCAGGAAGAAGAGAGGGAGCCUGAAGAAAAACCAAGCCC